UUUUUCCUGUCUGGAGCUGGGGGAUAGGGCAGGGAGGGAGCGCGAGCGCAUUCAGCACCUGUUUUGCGCCGGCUCUGUGCUGAGCGAGCCCUGGCCUGAUUGACGGGCCAGCUCAAUCUAACUUCUUGGGGGCUCGCGGCAGAAUUAGCUAUUUGUGCGGUGCACCUUUAAGUCAUGAAUCCGCCCAGAUUUUUGGCAACCACAAAGGGAUACCAGAACUAGAGGAACCAGAUUUCUUCUCCUGCCAUGAUUUUCCUGUCCCCUCUUCCUUUUCCUUCUCUCUCCAAGAAGCCCUUCAAAGCUUUCUCAGGCUCUUUGCCUACAUUUGCCCACCAGGAGAGCCAGGUAGCUGGGUCUCUCCCUCACAAAGGUUGUUCCUGUUAACUCCUUCUGCUGUUAUUGCUACUUGCUGUUCCUCCUACUGGUAAAAUGUGCUCCUCAGCAAGAUUGUGAUGCUUCUACCAAAAUGAAGUGCAAGAUACCAGUUGUUCUCCUUGCCUGUGGCUCCUUUAACCCCAUUACAAAUAUGCACCUGCGUUUAUUUGAAGUAGCUAGAGAUCAUCUUCACCAAACAGGAAUGUACCAGGUGAUUGAAGGCAUAAUUUCCCCAGUAAAUGACAACUAUGGAAAGAAAGAUCUUGCAGCUGCAAAACACCGGGUAGCGAUGGUACAACUUGCGCUACAGACUUCCAACUGGAUUCGAGUGGAUCAAUGGGAGAGUGAACAAAAGGACUGGAUAGAAACAGUGAAGGUGUUGAGACACCACUACGAUGAAUUGCUCAAAUCCUUAUCCAAAAGGAAAGAGGCCACAAGCUCCAUGGUGGGCACUGAAAUACCUCCUGAAGAUAUCACAACUCCGACUCUUACAGGUGUUCCAGAGUUAAAGCUGCUCUGUGGUGCAGAUGUCCUGAAGACAUUUCAAACACCCAAACUCUGGAAAGAUGAACACAUCCAAGAAAUAGUUGAAAAGUUUGGUUUAGUAUGUGUUAGCAGGGUUAACCAUGACCUUCAACAAUAUAUCUCUGAAUCAACCAUUUUAAGUCAGAAUCAGCACAAUAUACAUAUAGUCAAGAAUCCUGUACAGAGUGAUUUGAGUGCCACAUACAUACGACAAGCCCUGUACCAAGGGCAGAGUGUGAAGUAUCUGCUUCCGGACUCAGUCAUUUCCUAUAUCAAGAACCAUCACCUCUACCUGGAAGAGAGCAAAUAGAUAUAAUAAAAGGAAUGGGAAGAUGAAGGAAAUGUAGUGGAGUGAUAACACAUUACAUUGUCAAGUUCUCUGAAUGUUCCAUCUCUGUCCAUAACAACCCUACACCACCAAAAAAACCCACAAUUUUAUUGGAACAUCCUUCCUGGAGAUAUAGAAAACUGAUUUCCUGUAGGAAAAAUUACUAAGUUCUAAAGAAAAAAGUGUAUUAACGAAAUUACUGCAUUGCAAGUUGAUAAAUUAUGAGAAGAAAACCCUUUUGAGGUCAUUAUAUUAAGAAGUUUAUUGAAGCUUUAUUCAGCAUGUGAAAUUUAGCUUCCACUGUUAUUAAUAGUUUAUAAAACUAAUAUGGGAUUUUUUUUGGUUUUGUGUUUUUUUAAGAAUGGCAAAGUGUUCUUUGCUAUAUUAUCAGUAUUGUACAUAUUGAAUUUCUUAAGUCUUUAAGCACAACAUCCCAUUCUUUAUUGAAGAUAUUUGGCAGGGUGGUAAUUACUUUAUACACUGGACUUAGUAAGCUUUUGUUUUGGAAAGAAUAGUACUAAUUGAGCAAUACCAUAAUGAGAAGUUCAGUAGUGACAAGUGUAGACUCAUUGACUGUGUUCUCAGCACUUUCCUAAAUGAUAUUGGAUAUUCCACAGAGAACCAUUUAAGAGGAAAGCAUUUCUGUUUGGUAUUAAUAAAAGUGAAAAUUAAGCUAUUUUCUAAGCAGAUAUUUUCACAUAUUUUAAUGUAAUAAAUAUUUACAAUACUAUUUUAGCAGAGUAAUGAUAUUCCUGACUACAAAUGCCAAUGCCCCUAUUUUUCAGGUUUCUUUAAAAAAAUUUUUUUUGAUUCACUUUGUUUUAACAGUAUCUUUUGAAUGUUUCAUGUCUACAUGUUAGCAAACAUGAAAAUAAAAUUACAUCAGAAAGUCUAA